ACUACGAUUUUUGCUCUCGUCUCCUACUUCACAAAACCAACUCACUGUGUUAUGUGUAACCUCUUUUCUCAUUACCUAAUUUACCCAAACUGAUCCUGAGGUGCCUUGUAACUUUCUCUCAUUCUGCCGCAGUAACUUCCAUUUGCAUUGCUCUUCUAAACCAAAUCAUAAACACAUUCUCUCAUCGCAUAACAAUAAUAAUAGUGCUCAGUCCGUGAGAGUUCAUUUCACGGCUCUGACACUGACACAAACGCACGGGAUCCCUAAUUUUUCUGUUUCUCUUUUUGUUCCCUCCUUCAAUUAUUUAGCAACCCAUUAAGGUUCUGCUCGCAAAGUUUCUCUUUUCUUUAUUGUUUUUAAUACUUUUUUUCAUCAGUGAUCACACCAUGAUUAGCACGGUGAAACAACCCGCCUCACCGAUCACUACCAGAGGCUCUGGUGGUGUGUUUCUGCGGAAAAGGGGUUCACUUCUUCAGUCAUGUUCCCUUGUUCCAGUGAAAACAAGGGAGAACAACGCUCUGCGAUCUAUGGUGCCAGUGCAGAAGCCACUGCACCUUGCAUGCGUUGUUGGGUUGGGGAAAUUUUCUGGGUCUGUGGUGAGGCGUGAGCGUGGUGAUUUGGUGGCAUGUGGGGCGUAUGAGGCUGAGAGAUCAGGGGUUGAAGGGGCUGGGGCUCCAUCAGAGGCUGCUAAGAAGGUGAAAAUUGGGAUAUACUUUGCAACCUGGUGGGCUCUUAAUGUGGUGUUCAAUAUUUAUAACAAGAAGGUGCUGAAUGCAUACCCUUACCCUUGGCUCACCUCAACCCUCUCCCUUGCAUGUGGCUCUCUCAUGAUGUUGAUCUCUUGGGCCACCAGGAUUGCUGAGCCUCCUAAGACUGAUCCUGAGUUCUGGAAGACUUUGUUCCCUGUUGCUGUUGCACAUACAAUAGGACAUGUAGCGGCAACUGUUAGCAUGUCAAAAGUUGCAGUAUCAUUCACCCAUAUUAUUAAGAGCGGCGAGCCUGCUUUCAGUGUUCUGGUUUCCAGAUUUAUUCUGGGUGAGACCUUCCCAGUGCCGGUCUACCUGUCUUUACUUCCUAUCAUCGGUGGAUGUGCACUUGCCGCUGUGACUGAGCUCAAUUUCAAUAUGAUUGGUUUUAUGGGGGCUAUGAUAUCAAACUUGGCAUUUGUAUUCCGCAAUAUCUUUUCUAAAAAGGGCAUGAAGGGAAAGUCUGUUAGUGGAAUGAAUUACUAUGCAUGUUUAUCUAUGUUGUCCCUUCUUAUUCUGACGCCGUUUGCGAUAGCUGUGGAGGGACCACAGAUGUGGGCAGCUGGAUAUCAAACAGCGCUCUCUCAAAUUGGACCCCAAUUUAUAUGGUGGGUGGCAGCUCAGAGCAUAUUUUAUCAUUUGUACAAUCAGGUGUCAUAUAUGUCUUUGGAUGAGAUCUCUCCCUUGACAUUUAGCAUUGGAAACACCAUGAAACGUAUUUCUGUUAUAGUUUCUUCAAUCAUUAUCUUCCACACACCAGUUCAGCCUAUUAAUGCUCUAGGAGCUGCUAUUGCCAUCCUCGGAACCUUCUUGUAUUCACAGGCAAAGCAGUAAGGUCAAGGAGUCAGAGAAUUAUGCUCUACUCAGCCAAAAAUGAGAUGAGGAAGAUGAUUUUGGAAUGUGCCAGCUGGAUAUUGGUAAAGACUGGAUGAUCCGGCUGUUUGUCUAUUUGUAUAUAUUAUAAUAAUGAUGACACUACCGAGGAACAUUAUCAUUAGAGAUGAUUAGUUUUUUGCCCUCCUCUUUUUCUGAUAUCAUCAAGUUUGAGGAAUAAACGUGUUUAGUCUGAGGAAAGUUUCUCAAGACAUGGCAUAUUAUAAUAAGGUGUUAUUGACUAUAAUCCGAGUAUGAUGGUCUGUUUCGAUGCUUGUUAUGGUUUAUCAAAUAAUAUACUAACGUCUGCUGA